AUGACUCUUACGGUCCACCACCUCCAGCGCUCGCAGUCAGAGCGCAUUGUUUGGCUUUGUGAAGAGCUUGGAAUCGACUACAACCUUCAAGUCUACCAUCGCGAACGGGUUGGUUUGGGAGCUCCGCCAAACCUCAAGGCUAUCCACGCAUCCGGCACAGCCCCGGUUAUCGAAGAUGGUGAGGUUGUCAUCUCGGAGUGCGGAGCUAUCAUGGAUUACAUCCUGGGAAAGUACGGAAAUGGCCGCCUCACCCUUCCCUCCACCGCCCCGAACUUUGCCGACUAUGUCUUCUGGUACCACUGGGCCAUCGGCACUCUUCAAAGCAUGGAAAUGACUCUCAUUUUCGUCGCCAAAGCCGGAGUUCCUGAUGAGAAUCCCGUCAUGCAAGUUCUCAAGGGCCGCCUCGCGCAUGCGCUCAAAAUGAUGGACGAGCGUCUUCAGAAAGCACCAUGGCUGGCGGGCGACGAAAUCACAGCUGCCGAUAUCUACGCCGUAUUCACCGUCACGACGGUGCGUCUAUUCACUCCCUUCGCUUUGACUGGCUACAAUGGGAUUCUGGGAUGGCUGGAAAAGAUUGCGCAAAGGCCAGCCUACAAGAACUUCAUCGAGAAGGGCGAACAAGGGGACGACAGGGGUGAACUACCGGUUCUUGGUGCCGAAGCACCCCGGCCUCUUUAA